CGCGCUCGCGCCCUCCUUCUCCUGCUGCGCUCCCGGCUCGGGCCGCGCGCGGGCGGCGCUCCGCAUUGCACACGCGAGGGGCGCCGCAGUGUUCGUGGGAUGGGGCAGCGGGCUGCCUCUGGCGGUAGGGACGCGUGCAGCCCGGAUGCCUCAUGGUCAGUGGUGCCAUUGUCUUGGGCUGGUGGUGAGGCAGAGCAUCAUUGGGGAAGUCUGUGGUGGAGAAGAGCUGCUCACUUCAUGGUGACUAGGAAGCGCAGAGAGGCAGGCUCAGGUCCUCUCCCAUCGCCUCAAGUGCCCACUUUGAGGCCCUCUGUAUGAGUGACAAGCCAGUCUGCCAUGGAACCUAGCCCUGCCCUGGCCUGGCUCCUGCUGCUGAGCCUGCUGGCCGACUGUCUGAAAGCUGCUCAAUCCCGAGACUUCACCGUGAAAGACAUCAUCUACCUCCACCCUUCAACCACUCCAUAUCCUGGUGGAUUUAAAUGUUUCACCUGCGAAAAGGCAGCAGACAAUUAUGAAUGCAACCGAUGGGCUCCUGACAUCUACUGUCCUCGAGACACCAGAUACUGCUACACUCAGCACACCAUGGAAGUCACAGGAAACAGCAUCUCUGUCACCAAACGCUGUGUCCCCCUGGAGGACUGCUUAUCCACGGGCUGUCGAGACUCGGAGCGUGAAGGCCACAAGAUCUGCACCUCCUGCUGCGAAGGAAAUAUCUGCAAUCUACCGCUCCCUCGAAAUGAAACUGACGCCACAUUUGCCACAACGUCACCUAUAAAUCAGACAAAUGGGCACCCACACUGUGUGUCAGUGAUUGUGUCCUGCUUGUGGGUGUGGCUAGGGCUCACCUUGUAGCAGCGCUCUCCACCAAAUGGGUUCCCCUGUGGCCCAUAGUCAUGCAUGAGUCAUUGGCCUGGCAGUAGUGACACAGUGCAACCACAGCACCCCGGGACAUCGUCACAGCCAGGCAUUCCCAUUCCCAUGAAGAACAAGCAUUGCUUCAGUGCUGUCAUCUUCAGCCUAACAGAGACCCCAUCUCAGUCAGCCUGUCCCUCAUACGGACCCUGAUUUCUAUACCACAAGCCUGUGAUGUUGCUCCAAGAAAGAGUUCUGUGUUUAUUGAUGUCUGCGGAAUCCAUUCAUGAGCUGCUGGAGAUCCUGCACCCUCUGAGAUGUGAGAAAUAAGCCAUGGAUGCAGGAGGUGUUCGUUUUUUCAGGAGGAGAGUAAAGAACCACUGGCUUAAUGCAAAUCACAGCUUCACCCAUGGCUUUAGAAUUUUAAAACUUUAAAUCCAAAAUAAAUGGAAUAAUUUCUUUGA